AUGAACACUCACAAUGACAUUACCGAACAGGGAGGGAGCAGUGCGAGCUCCAGCACUCGCGCAGAGGGAAGUCUAGGAGUGGCUGGUCCUCCAGCGCACUCUAGCUACAUCAAUGUAGCACCAGCGGAAGGCAGAGAGGACACCCCCUAUGUAAGGGGCCCCCACGCCGCGGCGGGCGGGCUGGAAUAUUUCAGCCCGAUCCAAAGCGGCGAGGAGGACCCCUUUAAGAAGCCUGGACCGAAGUCCAGAAAAGACAAGGCAAGGGUGGUAAGCUCCGUCAGGGUGGCGCCCCCGUAUACCAUACGGGAGUAUCCGCCACUUCCAAAGAAGGGCGGUGGGGCUUCCCUCCCGCUCAUGACGCCUGCGGGGGGUGCGAGGGAGUGCGUAGUGGUCAUACCUGACCUUCCCGCGCACUACUCUGCGGACGACGACGGCGACGAUACCGAUACUAGCGUGGCAACGACGGCCACGGCAACUAGUACGGCCACAACAGCCACUGCAGGAAGCCGGAAGAGGAGGGCCAAGAAGGGGUCCUCCUCGGACGGAGACAAGGAUAGCAAAGCGCGUAGAGUCAUCUCAGCUGAGGAGCGAGAGGACUCCUAUGCGAGGGCAGAGGCGGCUCUCCAUAAAAACUGGAUCGCCGACAAGAGCACUCCAGCGGCCAAAGCCCUCAUGGGGCUGGCAGCCAACAAAGGGGAGGACCGUGUUAGGGUGGAAGACCUAACGGUGCAAGAACUGCGACAACAAGUCGACAACGGGGCGGCCCGCCUAAGGGAAAUAUCGAAUUACCGGAAGGGGCUAAGGGGUACCACCCAAAAGGCGCUGCGCGAGAUCGCGACGCUGGCGGAGAAUACUUUUAAGGAGCUGAGCGAGCGGUCAACAAAUGAGGAGGUCCGCAGAUUGCAAAAGGCGAAUACAAACCUGAGGAAGGAGGUGGACCUCCUCAAAAGAGACUUGGCGGACCUGAAGCGGCAAGUUGCCGAGUCGAAACGCCAGUCGAAGGAUGACGGCCUCUCAAAACCGUCCUCGAGUGGGACCUCACCCCCUCCGGAGGGGACAAAACGAAGGGCGAGGCCCAGAGCCCUCAGCUCGUCCGAGGAGGAGGCUGAAAUGCCUCUUUCCGGGCCAAGCGGGCCGACCCAACCGACAACGGAGGUGGCACAUCAAGCGCCGCAGGGAACGGAAGGCGCAGCCCCAUCCCAGGACAUGCUUGUUCGCAGAAUCCUGGAGCAGGUGGGGCUGAUGCUCGACGCGCGGCUCGGCGCCCUGCAGGGAAGACUGCUUCCGGAGCAGCCGCUGCGCCCCCCGUUAGGAGCCAAGCCUCCUAACAAAGAAGCGGCUAGGAAAGGAGUGACUCUGAGCAAGAAAGAUGGUCAGAGUCACAACAUGGCUCCCGCUCCUGCCCCGAGGGCACCGGAGGCGCCGAGUCCUCUGGUGAGGACGUCUGACCCCCCGGCCGCCCCGGUCGCGGAGGUAUGGACGACAGUCGUUGGCCGAAAGGCUAGGAGGAAGGCAGACAAGGCCAAUCCGGAGACCAAAAGGCCAACGGUUGCGGUCAAGGAACCGGCCAAGGCCCGAGCCACUCCGAGCGCUAAGGCCCCCCCCAAAGCAACCUCGAAGAAGGUCAAAAUCAAGGUCCCCAAGCAGGCCGCGGUCGUACUAACGGCCGUGGACGAGGGGAAGGUGACGGUGUCGGCAGCCCUGUCCAGAAUCAGGGACAAGAUCGACCUGAGGAGCCUGGGCAUCGCGUCGCUCCGCCCGAGAAGGGCCAUCACCGGGGCCAUCAUCUAUGAGGUUCCCGGUGAGGACAGCCAUAAGAAGGCGGACGAUCUCGCGGCCAGGCUCCAAGCGGAGCUCGGCAGCGACGAAGUAAAAAUAACGCGACCAGUUAAAACUGCCGAGCUACGCGUGACAGGGCUGGACGACGUCACAAGCGGCCAGGGGGUGGCCGAGGAUCUGGCGCGUGUGGGAGGCUGCGCCACCUGGGAGAUUCAGGUGGGCAGCAUCAGGCGGCAACGGAGGGGACUCGGCUCCGUCUGGGUCCGUUGCCCGGCUGCGGCUGCCCGCAAACUAGCUGAGGCCGGCAGGGUACAAAUUGGGUGGGUCAUGGCCAAAGUCGAGGCACUCAGAGCCAGGCCCGCCCAAUGCUUCAGGUGCUGGCGAUCUGGCCACACGGUGGCUGCGUGCACGGCCGAAACCGACCGGAGCGAUCUGUGUUAUCGGUGUGGCCAGGCCGGCCACCUUGCCGGCGGCUGCGAGGAGGCAGUGUGCUGCCCACUCUGCAGUGAGCUGGGCAGACCGGCGGACCACCGCUUCGGGGGGCCGGCAUGCUCCCCACCUCCUGCCAGGAGGGAUGGGGAGAAGGGCCAGAAGGGGGCACAACCUCCCUAG